UCCAGCUUGCCUUAUCUGUUGAUAGGUGUUAUAAAAACGUAGUUCAGUGUCAAAACCACAGGUUCGUGAAAAAUGUUUUCCGCCUUGCUCCUCCUUUGCACCUUCUUGGUGGUGACCUCUGCGGAGCCAUCGCCUAACGCAGACUACAUCAACUACCUGAUAGAGAGUAACCAGUUGACUCGAAUCUCCGACAGUGCUAGACUGGAUGUUGAUGGUCUCAUCCAGAAGUACCAGUAUCCUUUUGAGGAGCACACCGUGACCACAUCGGAUGGCUACAUCCUGACGAUGCACCGGAUUCCUCGCGGCCGUGACGCCAACAACCAGCCAGGGGACAGGCCUGUCAUCUUCUUGAUGCAUGGCCUAUUCUCCUCCUCUGCUGAUUAUGUGCUCAUGGGUCCUAAAUGCGCUUUAGCUUAUAUUCUGGCUGAGGAAGGCUACGAUGUAUGGAUGGGCAACGCGCGCGGUAACUACUACUCACGGAGACACAUUUCUCUGCGACCAGAUGCUCUCCUCAACACCGCUUUCUGGGAGUUCUCUUGGGAUGAGAUCGGCAACAUCGAUGUGCCUACUAUGAUCGACUACGCUCUCGAACACUCGGGCAGAUCCAGAUUGCACUACAUCGGAUACUCCCAAGGAACGACCAGUUUUUUCGUCAUGGCUUCUCUUCGCCCGGAAUACAAUGCUAAGAUUAUUUCAAUGCACGCUCUAGCGCCCGUGGCGUACAUGGGAAAUAACAGGAAUCUGCUGCUUAACGCCAUUUCUCCAUUCUCCAGGAACAUUGCGUCCCUAGCUAACUUAAUUGGAGUCGGUGAACUCCUGCCAAACAAUCAGCUGAUGACGUGGGCCGGUCAAGCUCUGUGCAUGGAUGAGGCUUUCACGCAGGCGAUCUGCAGCAACAUCCUGUUCUUGGUAGCAGGCUGGAAUGAAGACCAGCACAAUACCACCAUGUUGCCCGUGAAACUGGGUCACACUCCAGCUGGAGCCUCAAUCAGACAGCUGGCGCACUACGGCCAGGGUAUUACUGGGAAAGAGUUCGAGAGAUACGACCACGGUUUCAUCAAGAACAGGAGGUUGUAUGGGAGCCGCUCCCCGCCAAAAUACAAUUUAGACCGAAUCACCGCACCCGUGUUCCUUCACUACUCCGACAAGGAUCCUCUGGCUCAUGUCAACGAUGUGGACAGGCUGUUCAGGGAGCUCGGAAGCCCAGUCGGCAAGUUCCUGAUACAGCAUCCCACGUUCAGCCACUUGGACUUUAUGUGGGGCAUCGACGCGAAGACCCUAGUGUACGACCGAGUUAUCGCCUUCCUGAAAUCGAUGGACGUCCAUGGCUACUGAAUCUAGAAAAUGUAAAAAAAUAAAUAAA